AAGACGCUGGGGCCUGCUCCCCACAGCCUUUGGAGCAGAUUGUGGACCCUGCGAGCCCUAUGUCGCUGGCCCCCCAGGACCCAGAAGAUGCCAGAUGGGGCUCCGGCCAACCCCAAAGGGUACAGGAAGAAGGGGCUGGUUAGACACCCCCCUGGGAGGAGGGACCCAAGGCUCAGGACCUCUUCAAGAACCUCCAGAUCUCGCCUGGGGAUGAAGAGUUUCAUCAUCAUCACCAUCCUGGCUGGCAGCGUCCUGCCUGCGGCGCGCAGCAGCCUGCUCAACCUCAAGUCCAUGGUGGAAACAGUCACCGGGAGGAACGCCAUCUUGUCCUUCGUGGGCUACGGCUGCUACUGCGGGCUGGGGGGCCGCGGCCUGCCCAUGGAUGAGGUGGACUGGUGCUGCCAUGCCCACGACUGCUGCUACCAGAAGCUCUUUGACCUGGGCUGCCACACCUACGUGGACCACUAUGACUACACCAUCGAGAACAACACUAACAUUGUCUGCAGCGAGCUCAACCAGACCGAGUGUGACAAGCAGACAUGCGAGUGUGACAGGAGCGUGGCUCUGUGCUUCCAGAAGCAGAUAUACAGGGAGGAGCACCGCAACUACCUCAACAUCUACUGCCAGGGCCCCACGCCCAGCUGCAGCGUCUACGAGCCGCCCCCCGCACCUCCCUAGGUCCCCCGGG